AAAAGUUUGAAUGUUCAGUAAAACAUGCAUUGUAUUGUUUUGUUGUAGGUCAUUCGCAGUAUUAAUAAAUUAAAUCAUGUCUCUUUUAAGGAAAAGCUUACAGUUUUAUAGUAUCGGACGAUUAUGCGUUUCAAAACAUAUAAAUGGUUUAAAUUUCAGUCAACGUAGGCUAUGGAGGUUAUAUUGUAGUUCAAGUGCAAUAUCUCAUCCAACACCAGAUGGCUGUGAAAAGGUGUACUCUGACAAAAUAAAAAAUAUUGUUGAAGAAAUAGCCAAAUUAACUUUAAUUGAAGUGGCUGAUUUAAAUGAAUGUUUAAAGAAAAAAUUAAACAUCAAAGACACACCAAUGAUGAUGGGUGCCAUGCCUGUUGCUGCCCCUUCUAGAGCUGCAGAGGAUGAGGAUGCUCAACCUGAAGUAACAAAAUCUUCAUUUACUGUAAAAUUAAUGAAAUUUGAAGAAUCGAAAAAAGUAGCGGUUAUCAAAGAAGUUAAAAAUCAUAUAGAGGGCAUGAAUUUAGUACAGGCUAAAAAAUUUGUGGAAAGUGCACCUCAGAUUUUAAAAGCAGACAUUGCUAAAGAUGACGCUGAAAAACUGAAAGCAGCUUUGGAAGCUGUGGGUGCUACAUGUGAAAUCUCAUAAAUCACCAUGAAAACUUCUUAUGUAGAAAAACAUAUAAACAUUUGAAAAAAUAUAAGUUGCUACUACUACUUUUAUGAAAGUGUUGCACAUACGAAUUUUAUUAAAACUAGAAUCAAACUAAAUAUUUAAAAUCAUUGUAAAUUAAUAAAAAUAUAAAAAACUUGCUUUUAGCUUUCUCAUUUUCUCUUUCGUAUUUGCAUUGUAAUUAUGACAAACCAAAUAAUAAAAUUAAUGAACUUGUUUAAUUAUUUUUUCUAAUAAAUUUUGUUUCAUUGAUUAUAGCAUAUUUUAUUUAGAAUGCUUAAGUUUAUGAUGGGAUGUAAUUUAAAAUAUGCAUUUGAUAAAUUUAUAUUUGACCUUUACUUUAUGAAGUAAAAAAAUAAUUUCUUGUGACAUUCUGCUCAUUUAUUAAUUUGUAAUGCAUUUAAUAAAAAAUGUACUUUAUUGGAGUAAAUAUUGUGUUACAGUUAUAUAAUUAUAGAUUAAUAUUGAAAUUUGUAUAGAGAAAGAGCCUUGAAAUAUAAUUUAGUGGCAUUUGUUGUAAUUUUAUUAGUGUUUUGAACUGUUUUUUUUUCUCCUAAAAAGUCUGCCUUGAAAAAUAUUUCGUAAAAAUUUUAUAUUUUGUAUUUUUUAAUGACUUGUGUGCUUUUUAAAAUUUCUUAUAAAAUAAAAUAUUAAAACGUACGUAAAUGAGAAUAAAGUGGCAAUUGAUAUAAGUAAUUAAUAAGAAUAUUUGCAUUUUAUUUAAUUUGUACUUGCAAAAUAAAGUGCAUAAAACAAUACUGACUAAUAUUUUUUGUUAGGUAAAAUUUGUUGGUAGACCCUGAAAUGUUUUCUGAAAAUUUUAUGUAAACGUGUUUAAUUCUGUAGAUAUUGCAUUAGUUAAAAGAAUGAUGUGCAAUGAUAUUGUAAUUUUUUAUUCAUUCAUGCAUUUAUUAUUCAUUCAUUUGAAAAUAAAAUUUAAUUAAAAUUUC